CUAUAUGUAUCAUCAAACAAUAAUGCCUAGGCAUGGUUGAUGCUAGUUCUGUUAUAUAUAUGUAUUAAUUCUAUGGAGUCAAGCUUUAGUCUUUACUCUUCUUCCCAAGAAAAUAUACUUAUGAAUUGGUCAAGUGGUGGUUCAUAUUCAGGUAGAGAUCCAGAUUCAAACAAGAGUACUACUGUAGGUAUAAGAAAUGGAGGUCCCUACAUAAAGGUGGAAACAACAGAAGCUAUAAAAGAAUACAUUGAUGGAGAGAUUCAAGAUAUAUAUUCAGCAAGAAGCUCAUUUUCAAGUACUAGUAAAGGUAAAGAAUGGGAAAAUCGAAAAUCAAAAACUGAAAUACUACUAAGGAAGUCUGAUCGGAGAAGACCCGCGUCAUUGGAUAUGAACAAUCAAGGGAUAAAUGGGGCUAGCUUGUCCCCGAGAUUAGGUGUAGGGAUAAAAGGGGCGGCGUCAGUUAGGAGAAGCGGAAUGUUAACAAGCCCAGGAACGCCUACUUAUCGUUCCAGUGGAGUUGGAAUUCAGAAAGGUUGGAGUUCUGAACGUGUGCCUUUGCAUACGAAUGCCAAUCGGUUUACAUUGAUGGCGAAUAGUAAUAGUGGAAGGACAUUGCCUUCGAAAUGGGAAGAUGCUGAGAGGUGGAUAAUUAGUCCAGUUGCAGGGGAGGGGGCUUUGAAGUCUUUGGUUCAAGAGCCACAAAGGCCGGUUAAGUCUAAGAGUGGCCCACUUGGGCCGCCUGGCUCUGUAUACUACUCCAUGUAUUCUCCUGCGGUUCCUGGCUUUGAUGGAGGGAAUGUGAGAAGUGUUGUUACUGAAUUGCCGUUUUCUGCCAGAAUAAAUGGUGAUAAUAGUUCAUGGAUUCAAUAUGGAGAAGGCCAUGAAAGCAAUGGGAGAUUCGCUUCCCUGGUGGAUCAUGGUAUGGCAAGAUCAGUCAGCUUACAUGGCUCUUCCGAGUCACUGUGUCAGUCCAUGUUUCGGAUUAAUCAAGAUGAUAAAGUUGGCGGUUCAAUGGAUGCUGCCACCAACAUAUCUCGUGAUAUAUCAAGAAGGGAUAUGGCAACCCAAAUGAGCCCUGAGACUAGUCCUCUAUCAUCUCCAAGGAGAACAACCUCUAGCUCAUUGUCGACUACUAUCCUUUCCGUAGAUUUGCAACAUGUUCGUUAUCCUAAAGCAGAUAUGAGAGACGUGCAGGUAGAUGAUCAGGUCACGCUGAGUCGAGUCUCUAAGGAAAAUAGAGCUCAGGUUCCAGGCAGGGGAUCGGACAUCAUGGAUGACUGGAUAAAAGGGUCAGAUGUUCGACCUGCUGAUUUGGAAUUUUCGGAGAUGAAAAAGAGCCUUUCAAAGGUUAAGAGGGAGGAAGCUAAAAUUACCGCAUGGGAAAACCUGCAGAAGGCAAAAGCAGAAGAAGCAAUAAGGAAACUAGAGAUGAAAUUGGAAAAGAAGAGAUCGUCAUCAAUGGAUAGGAUUAUGCAAAAACUCAGAUCAUCUCAGAAGAAGGCCCAUGAAAUGAGAGAAUCAGUAUUAUCUACCAAGUCCCAAGAAGGUGCUACAUCUUCACAAAAGGCCAUCUCAGUCAUCAAAAUUCGCCACAUACGUUCCUUAACUGGCUGCUUUACCUGCCCUGCAUUUUGACGGACUGUUGUCUAUUAGUGCUUGGUGUCAGCCUCAUACACCAGUUCUCGUCUCCCUGAAGUACAAAAGCCCUGAUCACCUUUUUGCGAGGAUCUAUCUAUCAGGAAGUCCGAAAAUUCCAAUGUCCAAGGUACCACUAAAUGCAACUAAGUUAGGCCUAGUUGGAUUUGCUCUGUAGUUUGUCGUGUAAAAAUAGUAAAAAGUUAACAAAUUACGUUUGAGAAAAACCUGCUCUUUCGGAAGCUGAGAUUGAACUUUAUGGUUUUGUGAA